AUGGAGGCGGUUAUAUCUUGCAUAAGGGGGGUGUUGGUGUGCUCAAAGCACCCCAUGCUCCUGAGACAAUUGGAAAACGAGUAUCGACAAUUAUUGGGCGACAGGAUCCCAUACGCCCAAUUCGGUUACAAAAGUUUAGAGGAAUUCCUGUCUUCGGAUCCAUCAUUAAGGCUGCUCAACAACAAUGGGGACCUCUACGUGCAGGCCUUGCUCAAAGCGGAAUCAGCGCACAUCGUCAAAAUGAAAAUGAAAGAGAAAACGAAAACGAAAAAACCGACGAGCCGCGGGAAAUUGUACGCGCGCGCGCCGCCCACCGCCAAAUGGCAGCCACACCACAAAAGCCACAAAGCCAAAUACGCCAAAACGACGCGUCCCGGCGACCUGUCGUUCAAUCAAUUCGUCAACUACAAGGCGCCCUCCGUCCCGUCGAAGGUCGUCCUGCCCGAAAAUUCCUCUUUAAACCAGCGAAAUGUACCGCCCAGGUUCCAGAAGCAAUCGGCGCCCGCCGUUUCGAAGUGGCUCCAGGUACAGGAUGUCAAACAGGAAUCCUCCAAUAACGCUCGUAACGGCCACUACAACAACAACAACAACAAUUUCGUGGCGGAUCGAUUGAAGAAAACGGCCCAAGAUUGUUGUUCGCCGGGCGUGAGCCGAAGGAAGACGAUCUCGAAGAUGAUGUCGGAGGUGAGCCUGGAGAAAUCGGAGCGAGACAGCGGCACGAGCAGCCCCAUCAGCGACGACAGCGCCUGCUCCGUGGGAUUCAGCCCCAAUCCGAAGGUGCCGGAAUUCGUGCCGGUCGGCGAUCCGAAGGUCGAUUUGAAGAACUUUGUGGAGUACCACAAGUUGGGUACGAUCGAAAUAACUACUGCCAAUACGAAGAAACAUAAAAUGUUCCUUUGCAAGAUACAGAUCGGUAAUCACAAAUACACGAGUUAUCCGGAGGAGUGUCGGACUGAACAGGAGGCCGAAUCGUUCUGCGUACGGGAGGCCUAUAAGGAUUUGACGGAGAAAUACGGUCGCAGGAAGUCCUUGGUGCUCGCCUGCGACAAGGACAUCCUCGAAAGGAUACCGAAGAUGUUGGAGAAACACAACGGCGGGAUUUGGGAGUGGCAAUUGCAAAUGGACUAUUGCGAGAAAUACCACGAGCAAUUGCCGGAGGAUUGGUUGAAAAUCAUCGAUAGCAGUCCCUGUAUUCACGUGCAAAAAGUCGUCGAUAAUUAUACGUUGAGAUACUGCAAACCCGAUGAGGCGUUACAGAAAGGCGGGCCGGCGUCGCCGCCGAAAUCGAUGACGCUCACCGACGUCUCGGUGCCAUCCAGCACGAUCGAAUUCUCCGAGGACGGCAAACUGUGGGCCGAAGUCCAGUACGUGGCGUCGGCGGGCGAGGUGUGGUGCGCCCAAAUCGACACCGACGAAAGCGCGAAGUUCCACGCCAUGUGCGACAAAAUGGAGGCGUUCUACGCGAAGCACAAGGCGUCGCUGCGCGCCCAAGUCGUCAACCGGGACGGGUACUACGUGGUGGAGCGCGACGACGGCUCGUGGGCGCGCGUCAGAGCUUUGGAGGUGAUCGACGACGGCGAAAGGGGGCGCACCGUUUCGUGUUUCUACAUCGAUUCGGGCGAGGAGGAGGCGCACGAGGCCGAGCGUUUGUACCAGCUGAAGAGGCAGUUCGCCAUUUGCCAGGCGCAGGCGUUCGUGUGUCGCUUGGCGGGCCUGGAGGAUCUCUACGAAAUAUCCAAUUACUCGGAGGCCCUGUUGCGGAUAUUGUUCAGUUCGCAGUUCAUACUGGAAGUGGCCUCGGACCUGAUAGCCGACGACGACAAAGUACCGCCCGUGUACAUGUACAACGCGGAAACCGGCCAAUCCGUCAACGAGGAAUUGCUGCACACGCUCACCAUGGAAUCGGCCUCGCCUAAUUUAACUACGAUGACGAUAGUGCAAGUGUACGUAUCGCACGUGGCCUCGAACGGGGACCUGUACGUGCAGGUGCGCACGCGCGGCUUCGAACGACUGUUGCAGCUGCUCGACGAGCUGGAGGCUCAAAUCGAAGAGAAUCCGCCGGUGGAGGUGUUGGAGCCGCUCGAACCGAAAACGAGUAGAAACCGAUUGUAUUUCGGACGGAGCGCAGAGGACGAUCGUUGGUACAGAUUGAAAAUCAUCGAUUGGUCGCCGAACCAACAGAUGGCGCAAAUUCACUACGUGGAUUACGGACACACGGCCAUCAUCGAAGUGAAGAGUACAGUACUCUAUCCAUUGGACAAAUUAGACGACGUUUUAAACGUGUAUCCCCUGCAAGCAGUUAAAACGAGAAUGGUGUUGGAGGAAUUGCCGGCCGAUUUCGUGGCCGUGACGAGCAAAGUAAUGACCAAAGAGGAGCCGGUGAUCAUGAAAAUCAUCCGGUUCGACGACGAGGGCACGCCGCUGGCGGAAUUCUUCCGGCGCAACGCCGACGAAUCGCUGUUGUGCAUCAACAAAUCCAUCGCCAUGGAAAACGAACUGACCAGAAACAGCGAUAACGGCGCCUGUUUGAAAAGGAAAACGUUGUUGAACGCGAAAAAUUCGAAAAACGUCCCGUCGGGCGGCAAGUUGGGCGCGCCGCCGCUGCCCCGGCAGCACGAGUGCUUCGAGAUCCACGUGCCGUUCGCCGUCAAUCCGUACAACUUCUUCGUGCAGCCGCUCGAAUCGCAGCAACGGCUCCACGAGCUGAUGGAGCGCCUGCAGGAGCGCUACGGCACCGUCCUCUACAGCCCGCUGACCAUCGACGAGGUGGCGCCCGGCAACAUUUACGCCUCGAAAUUCACCGACGGCAAUUGGUACAGAACCAGCGUGAUAAAAGUGAUCCACAGCGGUUCGAUUUCGGUGUUUUACUGCGAUUUCGGUUACUACGCUAACGUUACAUUACAACAAUUAAUACCAUUGGACGUGGAAUUUAUGGAGUUACCCUAUCAGGCGAUCAAGGCGAAAUUGGCAGGUAUCAAACCGAAGCAUUCGAAUUGGACGAUGGAGCACUGCGAGGAGUUCAAAAAGACGGUGGAAAGGAAACAUUUCUAUUCCAUAUUGUUGAAAAUCGAAAAGGACGAAUUGUACGAGUCCGAUAUCGUGUUGAAUUUGAUGUUGAUCGAUACGUCGUCGCCGGAGGACGUUUAUAUCGAAAAGGAGCUCAUACGUAAAGGCAUCGCCGCCGAGGCUUAG